UAUGAAUACAGAAGUAGUUUAAAUUUAAAUAAAUAUAUAAUGGAGUACAAGAGAAUCCAAAAAUUAUUACUAACCGAAUAUCAAGAGUUUACUGGAAGAGUUUUAGUUGAAUCUCCUUUCGCCGAAACAACGAGAGAUGGCCAAGGAUUACGACAAGUCUCUUUAGGAUUAACAUCAUCAAAAUUUAUAAUAGCAUCUGAUAUCAUAAAAAUAAAUUCUGAAUUUAUUUGCCCGUCUGAAUUAGAUCCAGCCAUUGAAUCAUUCGAAUUAGUUUCUAUUUAUCCAUUAAAUUAUAUCACUCUUAGUAUUUAUCGUCGUAAACGUAGAAAAACUCUAAAAGCAAGAUUUAUUGAUGGACAAAUAAAUUACUAUGAGCUUGGUGGAACUGAAAAAAAAGAAUAUUAUUGGAAUUUAUGGUGCAAACAUAUUAGAAUAUUUUUAUCACAAAAAGAUAAAGGGAGUUCUCUAUCAGAACCAUCAGCCGCAAGUUCAACAAGCACCAGUACUCUUUAUGUAUUAUCAUCAUCAUCUUCUUCAUAUUCAUCCUCAUCGUCUUUUAAAGCGCAAACUGAUAAGAAAUAUAGAAAGCAUAGCACCGGAAUUGAUAGAAAAAGCAGCUUAUGUCGUUUGUGGGCUCAAUACGGUGGUGCUGGUGAUGGAAAUUCAUCUCAAUGGCCGAAAAAAAAUUUAUAUUUAGGCCCAUCUUACGCCGAACUCGGUUAUGGAUUCUAUACUCCAAUUAUUAAUAACGAAACUACUUUUCUAAGAAAUGAAUCAAAUUCUUCGACGGAUUUAAUAUUUAAAACAUCUAAUAACACCUGGCCGACGAAGACAAGACGUAAGAAUCUCACAAAAAUCCAAUCGUUUCACUAUAAUGACAACACAAAUAGUAAACGAAAAACACGGAUAAAGAAAAAAGAAUACAAAUUGAUAACAAAAUCAUCGCAGGAAGGCUCAAAUAUUUCAAGUGACACAUUAUUAAUACCAAAAAUAUCACGAUUUAAAUUUGGAAUCGACGAAAAUUGUAUCACGGGUUUGUAUCUAGAGCCUCAUUACGGUGAUCCACAUCAUUUGGUAGGUGUUAAGUCUGCGUACAAACUUAUGGAUCCGUACAAAUUCAUUGAGAGUGGUGUAAUUGUUUGGGAAAAAAAUCACAUUAAAAACGAUAAAAAACACUUGAGAAGAUGGGGUUUAGUACCAAAAGCUCAUUUUCUUUACGCCCUGGGUCCUUGGGCAGUCACACCUGGUGAUAAAAUAUCAAUCCAACGGAAAAGAUCCUCAAGCGCUGUUGCAAUACGUCGACACAGUAAUUUGAAUAAUGAUUUUCAGUUGCAAGUCUCGAAAAAACAAUUAACUUCGUCUGUUUCUUUGACUUUACUUACUCAAUUGGUUCCAUCUGUUGAAAUAAAUAAUUCAAUUAAUAAUAAUAGUAAAAAACAUUUUAUUCUAUUUUGGACACCAGAUUACUGGUAUCGUCCCAAGUCAGCAAUAACUUCUUACCGAGAAUUACAAAAUCACUUGAUUAAUUUACGGGAUUAUCAUUCGACGAAAAAAAAAUCAAAUAAAAAUUUUUUUUUACGCAAAAACACCAGCAAUGCAAGUGUUGAUUCUGUUAAAUGCGAUAAAACAAAUUGUAUACUGAAAAAAAUAUUUUCAAUCAAGGAUUUAAGAAACACUAAUAAUUAUAGUUACAAUAAUAAUAAUCAUCAUAAAAAAAACGAUUCUAUAAAUCAAAUGCGUAAAUUAUUGAAAAUGAAUUUAAAAAUAACAGCAUGGGAUUUAAGUAGUUCAACAAUAGCUCAACAAUUGACACUUAUCGAUCGGGAUUUAUUUUUGCGGAUUUCGUUAACUGAAAUUGAAAUAUUAAUUACUCAAAAACUAUCAAAAAAUACUCCAAAUGUUCGUGCUUGGAUAGCAUUUAGUCAUCGAGUUUCUUGUUUGGUAACCAGCGAAAUAAUUGCUAUAAAAAAUUUCAAUAUCAGAGCUAGAAUAUUGACGAGGUUUAUAAAUGCUGCGUAUAAAUGUUACUCCAUUGGUAAUUUUCAUUCUUGCCGUUCAAUUUUGGCAGGUUUGCAAUCACCACCAAUUUAUCGAUUAAAAGAUACAUGGUCACGAAUAAAAACUCACCAUUCAACUGCUUAUCAUACAAUUUCGAGACUAUGCAAAGUAUUUAAAAAUACCCAGAGUAAAAUUUAUGAAAGAGCUUGGAAUAAAGCUGAAAAUUGUCCUCCAUUGAUCCCCUAUGUUGGCGAUAUUUUGAUAAAAAUCCUUAAAAUAAAUAAUUAUGAUUCUCUUAAGAGUUUAAUCAAGUGUAAUAAUAAUAAUAGUGAUAUGCUAAAACAAGCAAGUAACAAAAAAACUCAAACUAUUAAUUGGGAUGGUGGUUCGACUUUCAUUACUCAACAAUUACAACUGGAUAAAGAUCUAAAUCCCACAGAGAUUAAACAAACUGCUGACAAUUACGAUAAACUUAAAUCUGAAAGAAAAAAUAUUGUUAGUAAAAUAUUAUCCAGUUUUAUCAAGACUAAAAAUCCUAUCAAGGAAAAGAGAGACAAAUUUUAUUGGGCAGCUAGACAAUUAUUGUUAGCUCGUAAAUAUUUUAAUCGUUGGCAAACGUCAACUAUCACUGCUAAAAUUAUUGCUCAAGACGAUCAAAAACGUAAUUUACGUUAUUCUCAAAGAAAAAAUAUAAAUCAAUUGCUGAUGUGGUUUGAAAAUUGUCAAAGACACGCUCGGAAGUAUGAUUAUCCUGGCCAUUCGUUCGCUUGGGAAUUUAUACUCAAAGCAAGAUAUCGUGAGGACAAAGAAAAUUUUUUCCUCAGCAAACUGCUAGAACCUGCAUUAGACAAAUAAAAAAAAAA